CUAAUUUAAACGAUGAUAGUAAAUAUUAUUAUUCAUAUUCAAAAUAGUUACUAGUAAUCGGUAAAAUCAGAAGGAAACUACACCCUAAUUCUGGCAUACUUUUCUGCGAAUUAGUCAUAACCUAAAAAUAUCAUGUCAGAGUAAUGUUUCAAUGUAAACGCCAAAUGUAAACAAAUAGUUUGUUUAAAGAAUAAAAUUAAUUAGCAUUGAAUAAAAUGGCAUCUCCAGCAACUUUUAAUGCUGAAACUGCCAAAGCUGCUCUCACAGACGUUUUAUCAGCUCUCAAUACUCCAGAAAAUAUACAAAAGCUCAAUGAAGCUAAGGAAAGUUCAGGGAAUGAAAUGCUUAAAAUGAUGCAAUUUGUUUUUCCAAUAGUGACGCAAAUUCAAAUGGAUGUAAUUAAGAAUUAUGGUUUCACAGAAGGGAGAGAAGGAACAAUACAAUUUGCACAAUUCAUUAGAACAUUGGAGCGUGAAGAUCCAGAAAUUGCAAGGCUCCAUAAUAAAGUGAGAUCAUAUUAUUUACCUCCAGUAGCAAGUAGCCCUUCUGCUGAAACUUCGCUUUAAACAUAUAAACAUAAUGUUAUUAAAAUUCAAUACUGCCAUUUUAUGAUUAGUGUUCUCAAAUAAUUACUCAAGUAUCAAUAGUUAAAAUUUAAAUAAUUCAAGUCAUAACAGUUUUAAAUAAAUAGAGUUGCGAUCUAAAUGAGAUUAAAUUAAAAUAUAACUUAUUAAGUUAAGUAUAUAAAAUUUCAAAUGUUUAUUUAUGAUUUCAUGAUGUGCAAUUUAUCUGAGAAUAUAUAUAUAUACGUCGUUUUAUUUACAAAAAAAUUAAUAAAUUUUAUAAGCAUAUGAAUUAUUUUUUUAAAUAUUUUAUUCUUAGUCUUACAUAUAAAAUGUAAAUCAUACGGCAACUUUUAAAACUUAUUUUCAAGUCUUACGAUCAAUGAAAUAUUGAAUAAAAUCGAACUUCAUUCUGACUUAUUUAUUUUUACAAGACAUAAAAAUGCAACGUUUAUCAAUCAAGUGCAUCCAAAAAUUGGAAAUUAGCACAAAAUACACAGUAUAAUAAAUAUUUUCAUUAAUUCUCUAUAUAAUACCAUAAUAAUCAUUAUUAUAAUUAUAAUAAAUACUUCUCAUAACAUAAUAAUUAUUUAAUAAUAAAAGAAACUGAAAAUUUAAUAGCCAUUGAUAUAAUUAUUGAAACCAUUAUAAUGCUAUGAUUAAUCUACAAAAAUAUAUUUCAUUAAAGAAUUUGCUGAAAUUUCAUUUCAUUUUCAUAGCGAAUUGCAUUAAGCGUUAACUUUUAGCUCAUUACUAUCGCUUAUAUCUACAAUAUUCAUCAAAUAAAUAUAAAUAAAAUUCAUUAUUCAAAUUUGU